AGUAGGAGGGCCCUUUCCGUCUCUCUCUCUCUCCCUCUCUCUCUCUUCACUCCAGCAUUCAUCCCGUUUCCACCAAUAAGCCCAAUGAGUGUGUGUGCGCACCGCCCACUGUCGGUGUGUGUAUUUUUCUUCGCCUUCCCCUUCUCUCUCUCUCUCUCCCUCUCCUUUUUUUUUUAAACCGGAGCUGAAUGUGUAGAUCGUCACAUGUUGUUUCCCCCCUCUUCAGCCAGGACACCAGCAGACAUGUGUUAUUUAUUGCUCGGCUGUGGGAGAAGACGAACCUACAACCUGGGCUCUGGAAAUAAGGAUUAAACUAAAGCGCGUCGUUUCUUCAGCAACCCGGCGAAAGGAAGCAUUGUGUCUGGAAGCGACAAGGAGAAUGGCGAGUCCGCCAAACACGGGUGAUCAGUCGUUAUCGGCCAGUAAUGUGAAAACCGGGGUCAAGAAAUGCGGAUAUCUGAAGAAGCAGAAGCACGGACACAAGCGCUUUUUUGUUUUAAAAGAGCCGAGCGAAGGUUUCCCUGCCCGACUGGAGUACUACGAGAGCGAGAAGAAAUGGAAAAACAAAUCGGCCGCGAAGAGAGUUAUUCCUCUGGACUGCUGUCUCAAUAUCAACAAGAGAGCGGACGCAAAACACAAAUAUCUUAUUGCUCUUUAUACCAAGGACGAGUAUUUUGCCGUGGCGGCGGAAAACGAGCAGGAGCAGGAGAGCUGGUACCAGGUGCUGACGGAUUUAAUAGCAGAGGGAAAAGUCUAUGACGGCUCAGCGUCCAACUCCGCGUCCUCACUGGUUGGCUUCGACGAGGCGAGCUACGGCGUAAUAACGCCGGUGUCCGCCGCCUACAAGGAGGUAUGGCAAGUAAAUCUGAAAUCCAGAGGCCUGGGACAGAGCAGAAAUUUAACCGGCGUGUACAGGCUGUGUCUUUCCAGCCGGAAUAUCAGCUUCGUCAAGCUGAACUCGGAGGUUGCCUCAGUCACAUUACAGCUGAUGAACAUCCGGAGGUGCGGCCACUCUGACAGCUUUUUCUUCAUCGAGGUUGGUCGAUCUGCAUCCACGGGUCCCGGCGAGCUAUGGAUGCAGGCUGACGACUCUGUCGUGGCUCAAAAUAUUCACGAAACCAUCUUGGAGGCGAUGAAAGCCAUGAAGGAGCUGUCGGAAUUCCGGCCGCGCAGUAAAAGCCAGUCAUCUGGUACAAACCCCAUCUCUGUACCUACACGCAGGCACCUGAACAAUCUCCCCCCGAGCCAGACCGGGCUUCCCCGGCGGUCACGCACCGACAGCAUGGCUGCCACCUCUCCUGUGAGCAAAUUUUCCUCCUGUCGAAUACGCACGGCGAGCGAGGGCGAUGGCACCAUGACACGCCCCAUGUCAGUCACCGGGAGCCCCCUUAGCCCCGGGGUUCACAGGACGCUCCUGAGCAGAUCCCACACAAUUACAGCUCGCCCUUCUCUGACAUUUGAAUCUUCUACCCUCCAGCACAGUAAGUCCAUGUCUAUGCCCCUGUCUCGUUCUCCGCCUGUGGCUACCACUUGCCCAGGGAAUGUAUCAUCCUGCCCAGACAGCAGUGCCCCCCGGCCCUCCAGCUGCAGUGCAUCAUUCUCAGGCUCCCCCAGUGAUGCUGGUUUUAUAUCAUGUGAAGAGUAUGGAUCUAGUCCUGCACGGGAACUCAGGUUACCACUUACCCUCCGCAGCAAUACUCCAGAAUCUAUCAAAGCAGACACUCCCCCCUCCCGAGAUGGCAGUGAGCUUGAUGGCUACAUGGUGAUGGAGCGGCAGAUUCUGAACGGUUGCCGGCGGUUAUCAGAACUGGACAAGGUGUUUCGAAAGCGCACAUACUCCCUCACCACCCCUCGACAGCACAGAGGUCCCCCCCAAGUAUCUUCAGCCUCCCUGGACGAGUAUACUCUUAUGAGAGCCACGUACAAUAGUGGAAGCCAGCCUUCUCGAAGGUGUCACACCGCCUCCCCUAAAGGGACCUCUCUUGAGGAUUGCAGGGAUGUCCAAAUCAGCUCCAGCAGUCUCCAAGGUGACAGUGGCUAUAUGCCCAUGAUGCCUGGUGUGGUACCUCAAACACAAGGCUCCAAGGAUGAUCCCUACAUGCCCAUGAGCCCCAUGUGUGUUUCUGCUCCAAAGCAGAUCAUCAACCCCCGUUCACACUCUUUUUCAGUGGGGCUGGCCCCACGCACAGACUCCCCCGGUAGCGUUUCUCUGGAGGACAGUGGGUAUAUGCGCAUGUGGUGCGGAACCAAGAUGUCAGUGGAGAGCACAGAUGGAAAGCUCACCAGUGGAGAGUAUCUGAACAUGUCUCCAGUUGACACACUGGUGUCUCUUACUCCCCCCGAAUACAUUCUGAGUCCUUCAGGAGAUCCUCAGCUCCACCACAGCUACAGGCAACCAUAUUCUUACAGCUCCCUGCCACGUUCACUUAAAGGACAGUUACCGCGCAAUGGGUCCACUGACACGGACCAAUAUGUGGUGAUGAGUUUACAGAAACAACGGAUAGAGGAGGAGUCCAACUAUUGUCCUGUCUCUCCACAAGACUCCGUGUCCAGCAGCUCACCAGGAACACCAAACACUCCAUCCUCUGCGCCAUCUCCUCUCAGAGUGGCUCGGCUGGAUGGAGGUCUGGUGCACCGUAAUAGGAUGUGUCGGCCAACCCGCCUGGCUCUGGAAUCCCUCAGAACGCUACCAUGUAUGAGCGAGCACCCCCUCCCCUCAGAGCCACGCAGCCCCGGAGAGUACAUUAAUAUAGACUUUACUAGUGCCACCCACCACCCGCUGGCAUCCACAGUGUUAGACAGCUCAGAGUCCUCUGUGAGUUUAAUGUGCGCAGAGAAGAGAUCCAUGUCACUCUCAGACUAUGCUAAUAUUGAAGUCUGUGCCCCGGUUCACCUUGGAGCACAUGAAGCUGGGGGUUGCCCCCCAGCAGGGCCCCUAAACCAUACACCUGAAGUCUUGAUCUGCCCCGGUCUGGUGAACACACAGAAGGAGGAGGAAAAAGAAGGAAAAAGUGUAGAGGGACCGGCAAAGGAGCGGGGGAUGGUUGAGGAAUAUCCUCUCCCACAACAGGGGAGUCUGCCGUGUCAACCUGCUCCAAUCAAAGACGACUACACUGAGAUGACCUUCAAUCCUCCUGCCCCCAUACCUGCUAUCUGCACCACCGAUGCUGCUCCCCUUCCUACCAGCCCCACCGCUUGUGUCCAGAGACUCAGCCUCGAUAACAGUAUAGUGGAUGUUGUGCCGCCUGUGCCAGUGGACUCUUUUCUCCUUGGGGCUCCUUCGUUAUCUGUCACAAUAGUGGAUCCUCACAGGGGGGCUAAAGUUAUCCGGGCUGACCCUCAGGGGCGUCGACGUCACAGCUCUGAGACCUUCUCAUCCACCACCACCGUCACACCCGUGUGCCCAUCCUUUGCCCACGACACCAAACGGCACAGCUCUGCCUCUGUGGAGAAUGUAUCCCGCACCGUUCGCAACUCCGAGGAAACCGGCGAGGACUACGGCAGUCCCAUGUGCAGGGAAACGUCAGCUGGUUAUCAAAACGGACUCAACUACAUUGCCUUAAACUUGAUGGAGGGAACCCUUGGAGGAUGCAGAUUAGGAGGCUGUGACGGGCUCCUGAGGUUUAAGGCAGCCUGUGGCUGCAAGGGGGGUCUGAACAGUUUCAACACUAGCCCCUAUGCCAGCAUGGGAUUCAAAGAGACUACAGCUGCUGCAGUGAAAGAAUGAAGGCCCAUGGGUAUUCCCACCCCUCCCCCUCAUCUUCCUCCUCCUCCUCCUCCGAAUGUAGGAUUUUGCUGCAGCCAGAUGACGAGGUCGCCACGGCGACAGCUGGACAGGCGCUGCAGCCGGCGACGUCCUUUGACCUCUUCGCCGCCUCUGGGGUUCGCAGGCGCGGCCAUCACCAUGGAAACACGGACACUUGACCUUUGCCCCAAAUCUUCCCUCCUUUUUUUCCUUGGCACCUAAACAUUCAGGCGCCAUUGCUGCUGUAGUACUAGAUGAAAAAAAAAUAAAAAAAACAACAACGACAAGAACUUAAACAGACUAUUAACUCUAACAAUAGGUUGCUAUGUAUUUCUGUACGUAGGCCUGCAAAUUUGUCUGCAGUAUAUUAUUAUUUUAAUACUGUAAUACACUUUUGACUGGUUUUCUAAUGGCUCCAGCUGCUAGUUGCCAGAUAUUCUCACCCGAAAAACCUGUGAACCAAACCUGGAGAGCAUGCGUGCGCGCACACAGACGCAAAAACCUGUCAUGCAUACGUGUAUUUAUUUAUUUAUCUUGUAUGUAUGCAUUAAAUGAAAUGUGCAUAAGAAUUUGAAUACAUACUGUACUGCAAAAAUAGACAGCAUUUAGGAACCUAUUUAAAAACAAAAAAACAAAGGUUACAUUUGCUUAAAGAACCCUACCUCAGCACCAAGUCACACAGUAGAAAUAUAUAUAUAUAAAUAUUUAUUUUCAGAGGUGAAUGUUUUUUUUUUUUAUUUUGUUUUUCUUUUCUUUUCUUUUUUUUUUUUAAAUCACCGAUCCAAAGCCUUACUCUAACCAUCAGUCCCCCAUCUGAUGGCCCUUUUUAGUUUUGGACCUAUAAAAACGCAGUAUAUCAAAGAUUUAACCGAUCAUCUUACAGACUGAAUGUCCAUCCGAGCUGAAUGAGAGGCAGCCUCUCUGAGAUUAAGUUCCCACCCUCCUCACAUUUAUGACAAGAUUAUGUAUUAAAAGUCCAGAGUAAUAUAUUUAUUAAUACGAGAUGCAGGACUCACACACCCUGAAAUCCUUUCUAGAGGACCUUAGAGGAACAGGUGACAACGCGUUGCAUCACACAUGCAAAGCAGCUGUCGCGAAUCCAAACACUGCAGCACGAGCCAGGUCUAACUGGACCUGAACACCACGUGUGUGUGUCUGUAUGUGUGUGUGGCCUGUCUGAGCCCAAGUCUCAGCACCUUUAAACACUUUAGCGAGUCAUCCACAGUUCUCCUACGACAUCCUGAACACCCGUACAGCCUGCAGGAGGUUAUGACCUGCCAGGACAAGGGGCAGAAACAUGAAUGUUUGAAUUUAUUUAUAACUGGACAGCCCAGUAUCUUACAUUUUCUCACCUGAUGCCUUGUUGCAGAGCUCUGUCACACCAGGCCCAGCAGCACUGAGCAAAGUGGCGCAUGCCAGGACGGUGGGUUUCAGUCUUGACUGGCUGUUUAGCAAGCCGCUCGCUAGCUUGAAUUCCACGGCCUCCAUUGCAUGGUCUUGCAUUUACAAACUUUUUAGAUUGUAACACAAGACGCCUUGAAUGUAGUACACCGUGUUCCGAGCUUGGGAACACACGACGAACACAAACUGCAACAAUGAAACAUGUAGAGGUACUAAAUGGGAACUACGACACACAGAUGAAUAAAAGAAACAAACCAGGGGAAGUAUCUUAAUAUUUAUCUGAACUCACAGGUACUUAACCUUUGCCUAUAGACUGUAAAUAAUGCAGAGUAACAGAGAAUUACACCCAAAAUGCUGAGAGACUCUGAGAUGUUAAGUUAAAUAACUUAUGUUGUUUGUACUGUACAUAGUAUGUGUUUGAGUGAACUUUCUGAUACAACAAAAGCACUAAUUAAGUUAUACGCUAACCGGUAUGGUUUGGCUUUGAUUUUUUUUUUUUUUUUUUUUUUUUUUUUUAAACUGUCAUGGGAAAGUCUUGUAAAAUGGAUGCCACUAUGAGGACAUUUUCUAAUGCUGUAAUUCUGAAAAAAAAAAAUAAUUAAAGAGAAAUCAUUAAUACUUGACAUAAUUCAUUCUUGAUACUUAGGUACAACACAAAUGGCAUAUAUGCAAUAUUUACACUUUUGAAAAUUAGUUUACAAAGACGUACCAAAUGUAUAAAUACUGUUAAUAAUGUUUGUUAAAACCUUAAAUCAAUUUUUUGCUCUUUGUAAAAAAAAAAAGAAAAAAAAAGAAAAAAGAAAUUCAAUUUUGAAAUGGAAACUCUUUUCUGCCUGUUUUUUGCUAAUCGAGCCUCUUUGGUGUUUUGAGCAGUGUUUUUUGCAUUUGCAUAAUGUUUCAAGUUUUUAUUCAGCAUCUAAAAGGUUAUGAUCUGGGCUAUGGCUUAACUUGCUGUGUCUUUGCAUUGUAAAUAUUUCAUAUCAUGCACAAUGUGAUGCUACUAAGGCAUUUUAAUUUAAACUUAGUUCAUUGCUUUAGAUUGUAUUGAUUCUUUAUAGACACAUGCAAUAAAUAAUGCUAUUUAAGAAAGCC